AUGGCACGCAGGCCUUUAGCUGUGUGGAUGCCCGCGUUGUGUGCCGGUGUUGUGGCGGUGCUGUGUUACGUGAACUCGCUGGAUGGCGAUUUCGUGCACGACGACAUGGUGGCCGUCGUUGGCAACCCCGACGUCACCGGCGAGAGUAGACGGCAUGCAGCAUCUUCGUCGUCAUCGUCGUCGUCGCUUUGGAUAAACGAUUUCUGGGGCCGACCAAUGGCCGAUCCUCGAAGCCACAAAUCGUACCGGCCCCUCACAGUGCUCACUUUCAGGGCCAACUACUACGUCCAUGGGCGACAAGUGCGUGGCUACCACGUGGUCAACGUUGCCCUGCACUGCGCAUGCUCAGUUUUGGUGGCCGUCGUCGCACGCCGUGUGAUGAGGAUAACUGCGCUCCAUGCGUGCCUGUCCUCGAUGCUGUUCGCUGCUCAUCCAGUGCACACCGAGGCAGUGUCCAGCAUAGUUGGCCGUGCCGAAGUGCUCUGCUGCCUCUUCUUUCUGCUGUCGUUCCUCUGCUACCACCGCUGCCAACUUUCUCGAGAUGUCCAAGGGAGUCAUGGACAGUCAAAGUGGCUCGCAGCUAGUGGUCUACUAUCCUUAUGUGCGCUGCUUUCCAAAGAGCAAGGCAUCACAGUUCUGCCGCUGUGCAUGGCUCUCAGGAUAAGCACAUUAGUGCGUGAAUCUAUGCACCCCGGAAAAGAGAUGCAACGCCGCAAAGCUGGAUGCUGGACGUGGCCAGUCUGCAGGUACUGCAUACGAGGUAUUGCCUACCGAUGCAUCACCGAUUCAGAGCUUGUGGCUCUCACGACACUGACGAUAUUGCUCCUAUGCUUCAGGAUAUGCAUUCUGCAAGGAAGCUUUCCUGAAUUUUCUGAGAUGGACAACCCUGCAGCCUUCUCCUCGAUGCGUACAACCAGGCUACUGACUUACAGCUACUUGUGUGCCUUCAACGCCUGGAUCUUGCUGUGUCCACGUACCCUGUCAUACGAUUGGCAGAUGGGCAGUAUACCUCUCGUGACAUCACCGUGCGACUGCAGGAAUCUGGCUACACUGGCGUUAAUCACUUCGCUAUUGGCUCUUGGCUGGCGGACUUUGACGAGAUUGAAAAGAAAAAGCAGCCCUGCCAGUGGAUCAAGAGAACAACUAUGUUACUACAACAACACUGAGCAACUGCGUGACCCUUCAUUAAGACUACUGGUGCCCCUGCUCCUGACUGUGCUGCCAUUCCUUCCGGCGUCCAACCUGUUCGUGACCGUCGGCUUCGUCGUAGCUGAGAGAGUCCUCUACAUUCCCAGCAUCGGCAUGUCCUUGUUGGUGGCCGAAGGGCUGUGCCGCCUUCACAUGCGGUGCUCUAGAGUGCUCCGGUGGUGCUCUACGAGCAUCUGCUUCAUUCUGGUGCUGCUGUUCGCUGCCCGCACCUGGAACAGGAACAGCGUGUGGGCGUCCAGAGAGGCCCUGUUCGAAUCCGGUGUAAGGGACCUUCCAGGAAACGCAAAGGUGCAUUACAAUUACGCUAAUCUGCAGAAGGACAUUGGUAACUCGGAUUUGGCCGUCAAACACUACCGGCUAGCAAUUGCGUUGUGGCCAAAUCACGCCAGCGCUCACAAUAACUUGGGCACUGUGCUGACGUCAGCGGAGGAAGUACUGAAAGUUCGCAAUUUUGUGGGGGAAACCGUCAUGCUCUACUCCGACGUCGACAGUUUGCUGCACUGGAAUUCUCCUUAUUACAGCAUCGGCAUGUCCCUGUUGGUGGCCGAAGGGCUGUGCCGCCUUCACAUGCGGUGCUCUAGAGUGCUCCGGUGGUGCUCUACGAGCAUCUGCUUCAUUCUGGUGCUGCUGUUCGCUGCCCGCACCUGGAACAGGAACAGCGUGUGGGCGUCCAGAGAGGCCCUGUUCGAAUCCGGUGUAAGGGACCUUCCAGGAAACGCAAAGGUGCAUUACAAUUACGCUAAUCUGCAGAAGGACAUUGGUAACUCGGAUUUGGCCAUCAAACACUACCGGCUAGCAAUUGCGUUGUGGCCAAAUCACGCCAGCGCUCACAAUAACUUGGGCACUGUGCUGACGUCAGCGGAGGAAUCUGAACAACACUUCCGGUACGCCUUGAACGUGAAUGCAAACCACCCAGGGGCUCAUUUUAACCUGGCGAAUAUCUACAGCAAGCAAGGCCAAAAGGACGUCGCAAGAGCUCUGCUGGAACGUGCGGUGGAGCUUGAUCCAGACUUCUGCGAGGCGUACUCGUCGCUUGCGGCCCUCAUGGCUGAGAAAGGUGACCUGGCUGAAGCAGAGAGGUUGCACCAGAUGGCGUUGCGCAGUGAUGACCGAAAUGCGGAUGCCCGCAACAACUACGGCACAUUCCUUCAGUCACACGGCCGUGCUGAAGAGGCCAUGGCACAGUAUGAGCAAGCUCUCGACAUCCAGCAAAACCACACAGUGGCACUAUUGAACGCAGCUAGAAGCCUUCACAGCAUGAACCUCAACAUGCAGGCCGAGCGUCUCUACAAGAGGUCAGACAGCCGUGCUGAAGAGGCCAUGGCACAGUAUGAGCAAGCUCUCGACAUCCAGCAAAACCACACCGUGGCACUAUUGAACGCAGCUAGAAGCCUUCACAGCAUGAACCUCAACAUGCAGGCCGAGAGUCUCUACAAGAGGGCCCUCGCUGUUGAGCCGGAUCCACAGGUGAUGGACAACCUGGCUGUGUUCUACGUCAACGCUGGCCGCCUGGCCGAAGCAAGAGAGCUGUUUGAGGAUAUUCACAGGCGUUUCCCGGAGCACCGUGAAAGCAAGGUUCACCAUGCUCAGCUCCUGAUUCAGCUCAGAAGCUUUCGAGCAGCUGAAGACCUCCUACUGGAUGUGAUUGAACACAACAGCACCGACAGAGGAGCGUUGCACACGGCUGCCCUUUUAUACAACCACAUCAACCGCACAGUCGAGGCACUGGACUACAUUUUAAAGGCUCUAAAGCUAUGCGAUGUUGAUGACCUGCGUUGUGCGAAAAUACACAGCGAUCACGGUGACAUACUGAAGGACUUGGGCGACCUCAGCUCGUCGGCAAAGAGUUACGAAGUGGCCAUUCGUCUGGAUUCUGGUCUUGCUCACGCUCAUCUGAAUCUCGCUGUGAUCAGACACUUGGAGAGUGACUACCAAGGUGCCUUUCGACACUAUCAAGUUGCCCACUCAUUAGACCCAGAGAACAAGCUCAUUACAGACAACAUGGCCAAGUUGAGGCGACGAAUCACCAGGCCACUCACGCCUUUCCACGACUGUGUAUAGGGCGGAUACUUCAAGCCGGAGUGCGGUUACCGUGCAGCUUUUCGGCAUAUGGACAUUGACGCUUUCGGGCGGUGCCUCUUGAACUGGAUUCACGGUGUCGCGCUUUGUAGAUUCCGAAAACUUUGCCAGUGAGCAUGCAGAUGUUCUCGGACUAAUAAUUAGUAAUUCAAGCGUAUAGGUGUAUUUAUUUUAUCAACUGUGCUUCAAACAUUACGUCCUCUUUCACAGUGCUGAGAUA